GAUCCGUUACUUUUGAUGUUGACUGUACUUACUACUUAGUUGAUGAAGUGCAGUGCGAUGAAAGAUAGUUAAAGUUUAAGUACUAAAGUCUAAUGAAGUAAUGUUACAGUAAAUAUGUAGUUGAAGCUCUUUCUCUAAAGUCUAAUGCGUAAAACUCGGUUGUUUAAUGCGUAGGUACUAAAUGUAUGUAAACCUAAUUUAAUGUAGUGAUACUAAUAGUUCUUACCUUGUGGUCACAAGCAGCGACUGAUUUCGGUAACGGUAUAACGGUAUGGUAGCGGUAUAAAAUUACGAUACCGAUACAUUAUACCGGUUAGGCCGCGCGGCUUCGAUAUAAAGGUAUCACUACUGUUUUAAAAUAACGGUAUCGGUAUUUUUUCCGGUAUAUACCUUAACUGAUAUUAUGGCCAAACUGAUAGUAUUAAAUAAAAUCAAAAGGGCUUACGGGCUUCCACUUACAUAGUCAGCUUUAUUCAAUAGGAACCAAGUUGACGCUAGGCGCGGGCGGCUUGGCUACUACACGCCUAAGCUGAUAGGGUACCUUUAUGAAAUCGGUUAAGGUACCCGAAAAAAUAACGGUACUGUUAUUUUUCCGGUUAAUGGUCCGGAUUAAACCGGUAUGCCGUCAUACCGAUAUAAUGGUAUCGUUAUUUUUCAGUUAUGCAGUCCCUGGUCACAAGUAAGCACAAAGAACUGUACGGUGAUGAAACUAUACAAAUAGGUGAAAUAGGUAAUAUAGUGGAAGCGACGGCGUAUAUAAGUGCUGUAGCGGCGUUCGCUGCUGUUGUGCUGGUGGUGCUGCUGUUUCUGGGGAGACGGUGGUGCCACGGAGCGGUCUUCGCGAGAAAGGGCUGCCACGGGGUCCUCGCCGUCAACGCGGGACCCGACGCGCCCUGCCUCACUCUCGAUAAUGCUCACGAUACUUUGUCGAAACCGAUCCAUUAUCCCGACCGAAUAUUUGCGUUCGAGGCGUCCGACGACGACGAAGAGCAGCGCUUGCGCAUACUGCAGGAUAAAGAAAAAGUGGGAUGCCACUACGAAGAGAAGAACGAGAACGCAGCACCAAUAAAAACAGGAGUGGAGGUGGAGUUGGUCGAGACGGCGCUACGAGAGAGCACCCUGCGAGAGACAAGGAUAGACGAUGUGGUGCCGCGGAGGGCCGAGUACAUCCACACGCUUGAGGCUCAGAGCAGCGUGGACAGUGACGUCAUCGUUCAUAAUGACACGUCGCUUCUCUGUGGAGAAAGCAGCAGCCAAGAACGCGGCUCCGUGGAACUAACCUUGCUGUACGAUGCUCCAGUCCGUAGCAUGACGGUACACGUGCUUCAAGCGCGCGCGUUGCCGCAGCGCACGCCGCAACCGCUGCUGCAGAGUCAGGUUCGAAUAGUCCUUCUGCCCUUGAAGAGGCAAAAGUUCAAAUCAAAGAUACGAAAUGGCGAAAAUCCUCAAUAUAUGGAAAGCUUCGUUCUUCACAAAAUCAACCCAGAGGACGUAUACGGAUUAGGACUUCGAAUCCGCAUUUACGGCUGCGAGCGCAUGCGGCGGCAGCGCCUGCUGGGCGAGGCGGCCGUGUCCUUCGCGACACUUAACCUGGAGCUGGAGAACAGCCUGUGGCUGCAGCUGGCGCCGCGGCAGCAGCCUAGUCUUCAGCUCCCGAAACUAGAACUGAACCUCUCCAUGUCGAUGUCCGGGGUUUUGGCUUCUCCAUCUUCAAUCACCACCACCACACCCACCGCCGGCGGUGAGGCCUGUAGCUUGGCACGCUCGGAUUCCGCGUCUUCAUGCUGCAGCGCCCGCUCCGCUCCGGAACUGCUGCUUGGACUGCAGUACAGUUCUAUCACGGGACAUUUGUCUGUCGAGGUGAUAAAAGGCACGCACUUCCGCAAGCUGUCCCCCAACAAGGCUCCAGACACGUAUGUGAAGCUGAGCCUCAUCAGCUCGCUGGGCAUGGAGAUGGGUCGCUGCAAGUCCACCACGCGCCGCGCGCAGUCUAACCCACUCUACAAGGAGCUCUUCAUCUUCCAGGUGGCCCUAUUUCAACUAACAGAGGUGACCCUGAUGGUAUCCGUGUGGUGGCGACGCAGUGUGAAACGGAACGAGAUGGUUGGCUGGUUCUCGCUGGGACACAGUCCCUCGGGUCGUGACGAGGAGCGCCAUUGGCAGGAGCUCUGCGAGGGACACGGGGAACAAGUCCAACGCUGGCACGUGCUGCUGGAGUCCUGACGCUCCCCGACCUAGCGCGCCGGCGCGCCGGCUUGAGAACUGACCUGACCUGGGCCUCCGCCCCUGACUCGGCCUCGCCGACUCGAGUGGACUCGCCGCCCGGCCCCACUCGCUUCUGUUCCAGAUCUCCGGAUCUUUUCGCGAGCAAGCUUUGUAUUGACUGCACUGCAGAUGCAGCUCACUUUUGCAUUGGUGUGUCGAUGGCACGAGUGUGUGACGCACGCACCUUUCUGACUGAUUGAACGUUUUGAUGUUACAAAGAUUUUAUGCAUUUUGAAAAUUCUAUUAAGAAUUUAUGUGUUUUAAAUAAACUCCAAUAUAUAUAGUAUUGAUAGCUUGAAUUGUAGUUUUAAUGCAUUCAAAGGGAAUUGUUAUAUUCUGAGUUCAGCUCUCUUAACAGCUUUUCCAAAUAUUACAUAGCGUUUACUCAUAAGUAUCUUUGUCCCACUAUAUUUAUAUAUAGAAUAUAUAUUUAUAUUUACACAUGUUGCUCUUUAGAAUCUAUCAUCAAAUGAUUGUUCGAAUUUGUACGAAAAACUGUGGAAAAUCUGUCUUUUAUUAGCUUUCUGCCUACGAUAAAUAUUUGCUUAUAGAUAUUAUAUAAAAAACGAAUUGCGUUGUCUAUUACGUAUAUAUACUUGUAUUUUAUCUUAAAUUAAUAUGUUAACUCCUUAGAAAGGCUUUGUAUUGUAUUGAUUUCGAGUUUGAAUGUUGUAAUGUAAACAUAGAGUAAGAGAUAAUACUUUUGAAACAAUUGUUUCUAUGAAUAUUUUACUUGGAUUCCAAAAAAUAGUGUAUUAAGUAGCAUUUUAUAUGAUGGCAAGACUCGCAGCGCACAAUACUGGUGAGAGUAGGAUACGUACAUAACGAGAUUAUAUAUAGGUAUAUGAAUACUUGUACACAUUAAGUAAUUCUCGUAUAUAUUAUAUAUUCUUUAUUUGAAAACUGUCCUAAAAGACCUGUUCGCCCUCGGAAUACCCAACUGGCGUGAAGUGGCGCAGGAUAGGGCAGAGUGGCGCUCUCUUGUGUCAGAGGCCAAGAUCCUGUUUGGGUCACUGAGCCAGUGAAGAGAGAGAGAGAGAUUUGAAAACUGUUAGAAAACAUACAAAAUAGUGAUAGAAAACCGUCAAAAUUUUCAAUAAUAUAGUUAUUUAUAAAUACACAGUAUAUCUCGAAACCAAGUAGCUGUAAAAGUAAAUUGGCAAUUAAUUAAUAUAUGCAAUUUAAUCAGCCCGACCAGUACGUAAAGUAUCGUAUGCUUUUAAAGAUAAAACGUAAAAUAGGUUUUACAGUAAAUAGUUCUCUGAUUCUGCAUCACUACAAUACAGUUCUAGUAACGUUUGUUUCGUAUUUUAUAACAUAAUCUCAGGAUAAUUAUAAUAACCCAAGGUUGUAUAAAUAUAAGGAUAUUAUUAUCACAAGCUCACUAACCAUGAAUAGUAUUAAAUAAUUAAUGUAUACGCCAUAAUAUUAUGUUCACUUCUGUUCCUGCAGUACUUUGAUUUUCAGGUACCUACUUAACGGUAUUCUAUGGUUAGAAU